AUGGCCGGUCCCGGGGCUGCUUUCUGCCGCCUGGGUGCCUUGUCUGGAGCUGGGGCCUUAGGCUUGGCCUCCUACGGGGCGCACGGAGCCCAGUUUCCAAAUGCCUAUGGGAAGGAGCCCUUAGACAAGUCCAACAAACACCACUUCUUACACAGCCUGGCCUUGUAGUGGUAUCUGUGCAGAAAGCCCCUCUGGGCUGGAUUACCGCUAGCUUCUGGAACUACCUUAUUCUGCACCACCUUUUACUACCAGGCUCUGAGUAGAGACCCCAGCUUCCAGAAUUUGGCUCCUGUGGGAGGGAGCCUGCUACUCUUGGGCUGGCUUGCCUUGUGGCAGCCCUACAACUCCAACCCCAGCCUGCUCUCUGCUACCUGGCAAACAGUGACCAGCUGA